UUGCCGCAUUGUUUACUAGCUUUUUUUUUUUCAUAUACCACAGUACUGGGCCCCAGUACAUCUAUUGACCAUGUCCUCCUCCACCGCACCCACAUCUUCUACCAAACAGUCCGCAACCAUGGUAGGCACAACAAACGCUGCCAAUUCAGCAAAGCAAGCUGCCGCGAAAAUGCACCGUCGCUCACGGACUGGGUGCUUCACAUGCCGUCUGCGACGGAAGAAGUGUGACGAGGGAAAGUCAGCUUGCCGCGCCUGCAAACACCUCGGUCUCAAGUGCGAAUACAAGAGGCCAAUGUGGUGGAGCAACAACGAGCAAAGGCGGAAUCAGAAAGAAGUCAUCAAGAACAUCAUCAAGCGCACCAAGCUUAAUGAGAAGACUGCACAGGGCGUCGCAAUGGGCACCAACACUCCACCAAGUCUCUGCCACUCCAUGCAGACUGCGGAUACCUUCUCAGAUGGCAUCUCAUGCACUCGCGCACCAUCUGUUGAUUCGCAGAACUCCCUGGACUACAACUUCAACACAGCCACACCCGACUUCUACAACUCAUCCAUGCCUCCGCCAAUGUUCGCUCCUUCCUUCGCUCACCCCGGGCAUUUUGCGCCGUACGAGAUUGAUAUCAAGACUGAGAGCCAGAUGUUCAUCAACGACAUCCCAACUCGACGCGACUCGACAAUCUCUACCUUUAGCCACUAUCAAACACCACCAGCUGUUGGCCACAUCUACCCAACUGACAACUGGGUCCAACAGGACUACUUCGAGAGUCGCCGCGAAUCCUUCACCGAGGAGCCACUCGACUUUCCCAUCUUUGAUUUCCCCACACACGGCGGCUUCAGCCCGUCUCAUCAGCCUACGAUCCAGGUUGACGAGUGCGAUCAGCACCUCUUGAGCCAUUUUCUCGAAAACGUUAUGCCUUCAGUCUAUCCUGUCUUGGAGACCAACCAACCCGGCGCAGCACGCGCAGAUGUCAUCAUCCCAGCGCUGGAAUCCAACAAGGCUUACCUGCACUGCUGCAUGAGCGUCUCGGCGCUGCAUAUGAAGACGACUCAAGGACUACAAGGAGACGAGAUCGACCAGGACAUCUACCGAAACCGCUAUGCCACCGUCCAGCAGCUCACCCAGUCACUCUUCGGUGACAGUGACCAUGCGCAGACUCUUGAAGCAACUCUCGGCAUGAUCUUCUUUCCAUGCUCUGUCGGUCGAUUCGAUGAUGGCCUCGUUGACAUUCCGUGGCAUCAGCACUUCCAGGCGGUCCAGAGCCUUGUCCAUAAGCUUGACCUCCCUGCGCAAAUGGUCGCAUUGAAUGGGCAGGCCCACUCACAGCCUCCUUUCAACAUGACCCUCGCUUCCUGGAUCGACAUUCUUGGUGCUACCAUGUUGGGCAGGACUCCUUCCUUUGCUGAUACCUACCGCGAGAAGCUCAUUGCCGAUGCAUCAUCCGGUCUUGCGGAGCUCAUGGGUUGCGAAGACAGGAUCAUGUACUUGAUCUCAGAGAUCGCUUGCCUCGAGGCGCUGAAGAACGAGAACAUGGACAUUGUGCAGCUGUGCGCGCACAUCAAGCUUCUCGGUGAACAGAUCAGCUUGACCGAGCCACCCCAAGGAUCACUCAACAGCGCGUACUCAUCGACUGGCGAGAUUCUACCAAGGCAGCUUCGCAGGAACAUGACUGCAGUCUACCGCUUAGCCGCUCGCAUCUAUCUUUGCAGCCUCGUACCAGACUUUGACCGCACCUCCCAUUCCUUCGUCAACCUGGUGAGCGCACUUUGCAAGGCAAUGGAGUACAUUCCUGCCGGUCAAGAAGGAUUCGACCGCUCUCUUGUGUGGCCACUCCUGGUCGCCGGAUCUAUCUCUUUGCCAGACUCUGGCUUCCGCAACAUGUUCGCUGAGCGCGCCAAUGCACUCGGUGCAGCCGCGAACUUCGGUUCUUUUGGAAGAGUGACGGAACUGCUGAACGCAGUAUGGCGGGUCAACGACGACAACCUUGCGAAGGGUAACACUCAGAGUGUCCACUGGCGGGACAUGAUGCGACAGAAGGGCUGGGACUUCUUGCUCAUCUAGAAGAUCCGACCCAUCUGCUGGAAAGCAUCCUGGUCUGAUUGCAACUUCGCGAUUACUCUCCUUUUCUCUCCGGCCCAACACGCUACUUGCGCCAAAAGCAUUUGCCUAUUUCUUGCAUAUAUUUUUUUUUACCACGCAUUAUACCCACUUUGUAAUUUCGACAGCAUCUACGGCGCAGCAAGCAUCAGUUGGAUGGCGUUGCAGGGAAUUCACGGCUGACGAUAUUACGGCAUAUGGAACUUGGAAAGGGGCACACAUCGCUUGGGAAGCUAGUGCAGCACCCAGGCUCGCAUGUAUAGUAGUAGUAGGAGGCUCAGCUCAGUGCUGAGCUUCACAGACGAAGAAGAAUCGAAGACAACGAGCUUAUUGCUCAGCACCAUACAAAAGCC